AUGCUGCUGCAGAGGCUGGCCCUGUGUUCAAGGAUCCCACUGGAUUCCAGGAGACACGUAUGCUGGUUGCUCACCAGACCGCUGUCACAAGUUCCUCAGGGGAGGGCCCAUGGCAGCUCCUUUGCCCACCGCGGUGAACUGCGCCAGGCAAAAAGGAUCGUAGUCAAGCUCGGCAGUGCUGUGGUCACCCGUGGUGAUGAGUGUGGUCUGGCUCUGGGGAGGCUAGCCUCCAUUGUGGAGCAGGUGGCUAUGCUGCAAAAUCAAGGCAGAGAGAUGAUGAUUGUCACCAGCGGAGCGGUGGCCUUUGGCAAGCAAAGAUUAAGACACGAGAUCCUGCUGUCUCAGAGCGUCCGACAGGCCCUGCACUCCGGACAUAAUCAGCUCAAAGAUAUGUCUCUGCCAUUGCUUGAGGCCCGGGCCUGUGCUGCAGCUGGACAGAGCGGUCUGAUGGCCCUGUAUGAGGCCAUGUUCACCCAAUACAGCACCUGUACUGCACAGGUCCUUGUGACAAAUCUGGAUUUCCACGAUGACCAAAAGAGGCAGAACCUGAACAGCACACUGCAGGAGCUUCUGCGCAUGAACAUAGUUCCCAUCGUCAACACAAAUGAUGCUGUGGUUCCCCCACCGGAGCCCAACAGCGACCUUCAGGGGGUAAAUGUUAUCAGCAUUAAGGACAAUGACAGCCUUGCGGCGCGGCUAGCUGUGGAGAUGAAGGCUGACCUCCUCAUCGCACUGUCUGACGUGGAAGGACUGUACAACAGCCCCCCUGGGACAGAUGAUGCCAAGCUCAUUGACAUCUUCUACCCUGGGGAUCAGCAGUCCAUCACCUAUGGUACAAAGUCUAGAGUUGGGCUUGGAGGCAUGGAGGCCAAGGUAAAAGCUGCCCUCUGGGCACUGCAAGGUGGCACCUCAGUGGUCAUUGCAAAUGGCACACACCCCAAAGUAACAGGUCAUGUCAUCACUGACAUUGUGGAGGGCAAGAAGGUGGGCACUUUCUUCUCUGAAAUCAAACCUGCUGGCCCGACUGUGGAGCAGCAGACAGAAAUGGCACGAAGCACUGGAAGAACACUGGCAUCUCUGCAACCAGACCAGAGGAGUGAGAUAAUCUGCCAUCUAGCAGAGCUUUUGACUGAAAGGAAGGAAGAAAUCCUGGCUGCCAACAAGAUGGACAUGGACCUGGCUGUCAGUGCAGGCCAUUUGCCACCUCCCAUGCUGAAGCGCCUGAGCCUUUCAUCAGCCAAACUUAACAGUCUGGCCAUAGGUCUGCGUCAGAUAGCUGUAGCAGCCCAGGACAGUGUGGGUCGUGUGCUGCGCCGGACCAGGGUGGCUCAAAACCUGGAGCUGGAGCAGAUCACUGUACCCAUUGGGGUUCUCUUGGUCAUCUUUGAGGCUCGACCUGACUGCCUGCCACAGGUGUCAGCCUUAGCCAUAGCUAGUGGCAAUGCCCUACUUCUGAAGGGAGGAAAGGAGGCAGCCAACACCAACCGUAUCCUCCACCAGCUCACCCAGGAAGCCCUUUCCAUGCAUGGAGUCAAAGAGGCCGUGCAACUGGUGAGCACUCGUGAGGAAGUGGAGGAUCUGUGCCGACUGGACAAGAUGAUUGAUUUGAUUAUCCCAAGAGGUUCUUCCCAGCUGGUGCGAAACAUUCAGCGGGCGGCCAAGGGCAUUCCAGUACUGGGUCACAGUGAGGGAAUCUGCCAUGUCUACGUUGAUGUAGAUGCCAGUGUGGACAAAGUCAUCAAGAUUGUCAGAGACUCGAAGUGUGAUUACCCAGCUGCAUGUAAUGCCAUGGAAACUCUGCUGAUUCACCGGGAAAUCCUCAGGACACCGCUGUUUGACCAGAUCAUUGACAUGCUGCGCACUGAACGAGUGAAGAUCCAUGCAGGCCCUCAGUUCGCCUCCUACCUGACAUUUAGUCCAUCAGAGGCCAGCUCAUUGCGGACAGAGUAUGGGGAUCUGGAGUGUUGUUUGGAGGUGGUGGACAGCAUGCAGGAGGCUGUGGACCAUAUACACAAGUACGGCAGUUCCCACACAGACGUUAUCAUCACAGAAAACGAGGACAAAGCGGAGCAGUUCCUGCAGCAGCUAGAUAGUGCCUGUGUUUUCUGGAACUCCAGCUCACGUUUUGCUGAUGGCUACCGCUUUGGACUGGGAGCAGAGGUAGGUAUUAGUACUGCGCGUAUCCAUGCCCGGGGCCCUGUGGGUCUGGAGGGGCUGCUCACAACCAAGUGGGUUCUGAGAGGUGAUGGGCACACGGCAGCUGACUUCUCUGAGCACGGUACCAUGAAGUACCUCCAUGAAAACCUGCCUGUUGGGCAGCCUCUAGCUGGGCAGAGGGACAGCAAUUAGACCAGAGACACAAACCCACUCACUUGGCCUUACAUUUGUCAAAAUUGUUCACCCACCAGCAGUCUUGUUGUAGAUAAUGGCUGAUGUCACUGUUUUAAACCUCCAAGCACACAGCAUGGAGAGAGACACUCAAUACUCCAAUGAUUUGUUG